AUGGAUCCAGAGUUUGGAGGAGCCGGCGCUGCUCCAGAAGAAGCUGAGCAAGAAGAUGUUGCUGCAGAAGUCGUCGGACCACCAUCACUACCAACAGCUCAAACUCCACCAGCAUUUCGAUUCUUGAUUUUUAAAUUUUUGAAUUAUUUUGAGAUAUCUCAAAAAUAUUCUGGAUCUCUGAAAAAUACCAAAAUCUGGGAAGUAAUAACUUUGGGGUCCCAAGACCAGGGUACCCAGGACCCAGGACCCAGCCAGGACCCAGGACCCAGGACCCAGGACCCAGGACCCAGGACCCAGCCAGGACCCAGGACCCAGGACCCAGGACCCAGGACCCAGGACCCAGGACCCAGGACCCAGGACCCAGGACCCAGGACCCAGGACCCAGGACCCAAGACCCAGGACCCAGGACCCAGGACCCAGGACCCAGGACCCAGGACCCAGGACCCAGGACCCAGGACCCAGGACCCAGGACCCAGGACCCAGGACCCAGGACCCAGGACCCAGGACCCAGGACCCAGGACCCAGGACCCAGGACCCAGGACCCAGGACCCAGGACACAGGACCCAGGACCCAGGACCCAGGACCCAGGACCCAGAUAAUUCUCUCGAAAUUCCGUCUGAAUAUGCCCCUCGAGGAGUUGAACUAGCGGGGGCGAGGAUUGAGGGUGCGGCGCCGCUACCGACUGAGCUACGCGGGCAAAGAGAAAGCGCACGCCCGAUUGCAUACAUAAAGGCGAGGACGACAGCUGUACGCAGAGUGACAUUAAGCGUUGUACACCGUGACGGUAGAAUGCAUACUCUAGUACAAAAAAACUACAAAAAUAAUCUAGUGGCAUAUACCGAUGGAUCAUUUUUAAGUCAAGGAUUGAUCAAUGCAAGAGCAGGAUACAGUGUCUUUUGGGGAAAUGACCACCCUUUGAAUUGCAUUCACCCCCAAAGAUUUUACUCGAAAAGGUUUCUUUUGAAUUGCUUUGAACCCCAAAAAAGUGUUGAUGACGAAAUGUUUGUGGCAUCCGAAAAAACAGAUGUGGUUCUUGUUGUCGAGGGAAAGAAGCUGAAUGUGAAUAAAACAUUCCUCUCCUUUCACUAUUUCUCGACUCUUUUCUCUGCGAAUUUCAAGGAAGGGCAAAUGAAAGAAAUUGAAAUCAAAGAAGUUUCUUAUGAAGAUUUUGGACUUCUCUGCAGUAGUUUCUAUCCAAAUCCACAAUUUCCGAAUGAUAGUACUUCUGAGAAACUUCUGGAGAUGGCUAGCCGUUUUCAAGUGUCAUCAGUUGUUGGAAUCGUUGAAUAUCAUCUUCUUAACAAUUCAACAAUUGGAUAUGAGAAAAUGUUAUGGUUUGCUGAUGAAUACCAAAUGCCGAAGCUUCUAGAGAAGUGUAUCAGUCAAAUGAACUCACUGGCGAUGGCUAAGAAAUUGGAGAAGUCUCCGGAAUUCGAAAAGUUAUCAGAUAGAACUAGCUCGCUGAUUUUCAGACAACUUUUGAAAUCUCUCUGA